UGGUUGGCGCGCAAACUCGAUUGUGAAUGCAAUGUUGGUUGGUGUGUGUGUCAAGUCGGAUAUUGUCGUCGAUAGGUCGUAGAGGUCCGGCGAUCGUGGACCGAUCACCGUCUAUGUCUACGUCUACGCUGUCCUGUGGUGGUGUGGACUAGCACCACGGCGCAAACUAACUUAGUGACACUAACAUGAAACUGGGCUGAUGGUUCACUGGUUGAGUUAAGUGUUUAAGCGUUUAGUAAGGUAGAGCCCGACCGACCGAGUGCCGAGUAUAUGUGUAUGACAUAACGAAGAGUCGGGACAGGAGACCCGUAAUCGGCGACCUUUAAACACAGUGACGUGCACUAAUGGGGGAGUUUAGUUUGAGUGGUAAUGCAACAAACAUCGGGAUAAGUGCAGUGGAAAUAUCCUUAAACACGACGACAAAGAGUUCGAAUUCGAAUCAGAAAUUUUAUACCACACCUUCGGCUACAUCUACUACGGUGGUGUGCAGUGCUAACGAUACGGCAGCAGAUUGUAACCUUUCGACAAUGCAAGAUGAACAAAUCACUGACAAAACCGGUGUCAGUGGUUCAGCUUCCGGUGCUAGCAGUGAAGACAUCGGCGACGACCAACCCGUAGUUGCAACGACCGAUAAUAAAAGUGCGUCCUUAUCAUCUCCGAGCGGCGCAAAAGAUGCAUCGUGCAUGGAGGGCAAUCUGCUCGGAACAGCUGGCCCCAUCCAUCCUUCCGCAGACAAAUUAAACGAGCAGCAACAAGCUCCUCUUCCGAAUAAAGUCGUGUCCGCGUUACCGCCUCUCUUCCAUCCGGUCGAGGCGCCGCCAGGCAAUCACGGGCCCCACGGCCCCAUGUGGUCCACAGCCAUCGAGGAUGGCUAUUCAGCCAACCUGAAUAACCUGAACGGUGGAGCCGUGGUUCCAGUCGGGCCCGCCAACGGAGCCGGCGGCAAUUUACCCUUUCAAAACUACUCGAGCGGGCCCCAACAGCUAUACAGCAACAACAUGAAUCAGGCGAACCAGCAAGGGAGGCGAGCCAUCACGGCCAGCCACAAUUUUCCGCAUAACAUGGCCCGCCAGCAGUCCAGCCACGCGCUCUACAAGGGCUACGGCGGCGGCGGCGGCGGCGGCGGAGGGUCCUGGGCGAAUCCUGGCCAAAAUUGGGCCGCCGGCAACUCUUCCGUAUGGAAUCGCGGCCGCAGCGUGCCCAACCUCACCCCCUUGCAACAGCAACAGAUGGGGGUCGCGGCUGCUGGCCGAAAGCCCAGCCCUACUUUCAAUCAGCACCAACAAGUUAUCUCUCCGGUCAAAUUCAGACGGAGCACUUCAUAUCCUGGAAAAGGACCUUUUCCACAACCACCCACCUUCGAAAUUACCAAUAUGGACGAGGCCAGAGAACUACUUCCCUAUCAGGACCGUUGUAGCGUAGUUAAUGCAAAUGGAAGCAGUCCUUUAGAAAAUAUGAGAGGCUUAGAGCACUAUUUAAAUGAUAUUAUGAGACCACAACCUGAUAAUGAUAUGAAAGGGUUCAUAAGCUGCAAUCCACAACAAUUUCAAUCAUUGCAGUUACACGGCAAAUAUUUUCCUGGCUUGGACGACCAGGCCGGACCUGUUCUUUUGGAGGAGCCAUCUUUGGUGGAAACGGUAUUAACCGGUGGCAAUCAGCCUCUCAGCUCACCUUCGAGGUCAUCCCCUCAUUCUCAAGGUUCUGAAGGUGGCGAGAGAUUUUCGAGGAAAGUGUUCGUUGGCGGUCUGCCACCUGACAUCGAUGAAGACGAGAUAACCGCUAGCUUCAGACGUUUUGGACCAUUGGUAGUGGACUGGCCUCACAAGGCGGAAAGCAAAUCGUAUUUUCCACCGAAAGGUUACGCAUUCCUGCUGUUCCAGGAUGAAAAUUCAGUGCAGAGCCUAAUUGACGCAUGCAUAACAGACGAGGACAAGCUUUAUCUAUGCGUAUCGUCGCCUACAAUCAAAGACAAACCUGUCCAGAUACGACCAUGGAGAUUGUCGGAUGCCGACUUCGUUUUGGACGCAUCCAUGCCCCUGGAUCCCAGGAAAACUGUUUUUGUUGGGGGAGUACCAAGACCAUUGAAAGCAGUCGAACUGGCAAUGAUAAUGGACCGACUCUACGGCGGCGUUUGCUACGCCGGAAUCGAUACAGAUCCAGAGCUGAAGUAUCCCAAAGGAGCCGGAAGGGUCGCUUUCAGUAACCAGCAGAGCUAUAUAGCGGCCAUAAGCGCUCGAUUCGUCCAGUUGCAGCACGGCGACAUUGAUAAACGCGUAGAGGUCAAACCUUACGUUCUCGACGACCAAAUGUGCGAUGAAUGCCAGGGACAGAGAUGCGGAGGAAAUAUUACUGUGAGCAUUGCUGGGCAACAAUCCACGCCCGUCCAGGCAGGGAGUUCCAUAAACCGUUGGUAAAAGAAGGAGCUGAUAGACCAAGGGCUGUGCCAUUUCGUUGGUGUUAACGGAAGAACUGCUAGCAGUAGUGGCGGCCACAGAAGCGUUGGCAAGUUCAGUCGGUUAGCGUAUUAAUUAACAAUCAAAUGGGUACCAGAAGAUCCAAAAACGUAGUUAAAUGAAAAUAUUAAACCAACAAGUAAAAGAAGAGGUGUUGCCUAAACAUACACACCGUGCUCCGUUUUAACUGCGAUUCGUUUAUCAAAGUAGCGGUAGGUUUUGCUUGAAAAAGCAGGACUCGAAGCGCAAUUUUCUUGUAGAUUAAAGGUGUAACUUUUAUAAUUAGUUAAAAUUAACGUAUUUUUGAGAAGAUUUAUUCGAUGUGUAAAUUGUUAUGAAAUGGGCAAUACUGGAGUACCAUUAUUAGAUGUACUAAUGAUAAUACCGCCGCCAUGUUGCUGAUUAGCUUAUUACCAUACCCUGGUGACUUGGUGGCGAGCAAAAAAUAUUGGUGUAUAGGUAAUCGUUUGGUUGUUUAUUAUUUGAAUGACUUGCCGACUGAGUGCUCUUGGCUAGCAGUCUGCUGAGUGCAUAGGCAUAAUAAUUAUCUAGUAGCAAUUAUACAUAUUUAUAUACGGAAUACAUGUAAUGUAAUCAAUUAUCUAACCAAUUCUGUACGGCGCCUUAUGGUAGCGAGUGAGAAGACCUCCAUGGCUUUGCGCAGCAGUCUCGGCAGGCCACUUUAUUAUGUACAUGUUAAUGUUAGCGCAUCGGGAAUUAAAUCUGCCGAUGCUGCGUAGUCAGAACUUUCAGGGUAUUGUAAAUACUAGUCUAAUCUGCGCACUGCUGCGCGGCCAAGGUCGUUUUUAACGCUUAGCCCGGCGACCAAUUAGUCCCAUGUACCUGACACCGGCGGUCACAAUCCACAUUCUUCAUGAUUAUUCAUCAAAAUGCCUCAGCACCAAGACACAUCGGUCUCUGGCUUACUGAACACUUUUUUAUUCGACAAAACAUUGCUCUAUUUUGCUUACGAGGUUUAAGCCAUCCAAAUGACAUACUUCCCACACAGCACAUACAUCCAUUGGACGUCCAGCGGACGACCAUUGUACGUCCAUUUGACGUCCACUGGACAUCUUGUGCUGUAUGGGUUAUCUUUUUUUUUAAGAAAUUAAAUCGACAAAAGACCACAUACAAAAAAAUAAUUUUAUCCGAAAUCGGCAGUAAAGUAGUCAACAAUCGACAGUAAAGCCGAUUUAAUACGAGUAUUGUAUGCAACCCAUUAUACAUUUUAAGAUGUGUCUACUGCUCCUCAGCAGCAACUAAAUAUACUACUACUAAAUACGAAUGAAAAAUUGUUCAGUUCACGAAUCGUCGAAAUUAUGGGUCAAUUAAGUCUAAUAAGGUAUACCUAUAGUGAUUGCCAACGAAACGUUUUAAAAAAGUAUCAAACAAAAGAGGUUAUAUCCUAUUAACAAUUUUUGUUUGGGGCUUGGUUGAGUGUUCCACCGGCACAUCCGAUCUACAAUUACAAUCUUAUUGGACGUUUUGAUUGAUCAUGAUCAAAAUGAGAGGAAAAAAAGUGGGGGUAUUAGCCGCCGGUCCCUGCCUAUAGUAAUUCACCUAACCCCGAACCCUUUCGAUUUGGCUGCUUGCAUUGGUACUUGUGGUGGUUGGAUUGAGAGGUAGCAUCCUUUGGCUCCUUUUGCUUCCUGCUUUUUGUCCGCCAACUUGCUAUUUGCAUUUUAUACCAUCCUUUUUUUCAUGUGUGAUACCAUAGACGUCUUAAUGUAUUAAAUGAAUUGCACGGAUAUGUAUAGUAUAUAUUAUUAUAUAUAUAUAUAUAUAGUAUCAGCUACUCUAAGACUUUGUAUUUUUUAAAUUUGAAUUUUUAUACUAAACUGUUAUAAAUGGUGAUUAGUAAAUUUUGAUGUGUGCAAUAAAUUUGUACCGGGACGGCCAUUGUAAAUUGGUUUUCUUGGUGCUGUAGAGUUUAUCUUUAAUUGUAAAUCAUUAAAUAAUUCCUAGGUAAUUGAUAAAUGUAUGCUAAGUGACAAAACAGCUUAUGAACAGGCAACCAAACAGAUUAGUUGAGAGUACCAAGGUAUGACUAAAAGACUGGUUAUGCUUAAGACAGAUUACCAACAAAUCAAUCAUUGUGCACACAAAGUCGUUUGGCAAAACAUGCAGCUAGUCUGGUGUGUAAAUUUGAUUGGUUUGGUGGCGAUUAAAAGCGUGUCAAAGGAGGAUUUUUCUAUUCUAUAUAAUUAAUUUUAACAUCCUAUUAAGAUCUAGCGAGGUUUAGAUUGACGUAGAUGUAAAUAGUGUAUAGUAAUUUGUUAUUUUUUGUGGGUUUUUUGUUAGUUAUUUAGGUAAUGUUUUAGCUUCCAACUAGUCAAAGAUAGAAAGAGAAUGUGUUGAUCGUGCUGUAUACUGUAUGAUUGUCUGUUUAUAGAAAAUGUGAUAGGACAAUGUCAUGCCAAAGUAUUUCCAAACUAAACUAAUACCAAUAUUAAGAAAAGUGAAUAGGAUUUUUUGAACAGACUGACUACUGUUGGGGAAAUUUGGCUUGUCGCUUCAGCAUUCAUCACACAAAUGUAAAUCAACCAUCUACAAAAUGGUACAAAAAACAUAAUGUAAUGUCGAUAUGAUUUUUAAACAUUUACACUCCUUUUUCUACUGUUUGUAUAUUAUUGCUCCCCCCCAAGGAGGAGACAGCUCGUGGAUGGAAUGAGAUGAGACAUUUGUAUCAAAUCUGUAGACAUUUGUCGUUUUUAUCUAAUGAUUAUAUAACUUUUUAUCCGUUUAUGAGAUUUAAAAGUGAAUGCAGCGGUCAGAAAUCAAACUGGCCGUCUUCAUAUUUUCAUAUGUAAACUCCGUAUUUAUUGGAAGUCUUUAAAGUUGUAUAUUUUUUACUUUUUAUAACUGUUUUCAAGGCUUUUUAGUUGUUUACUAUUUCUAACAUGGAAUGGAAAGCUGAAAUAAUUUUGCAAACACCGUCAGACUGUUUGUUCUACGUUGAGAACGCUAGCGUCAAGAAAGACUUAAAAAUCUUGUUGGUAAAAUGAAGCUGGCAGAGGGUUGCAAAGCUAUUUUGCAUAGAAAAUAUAUAACAUCAACAUCAGAGACUGUCCUGGGACAGCUGGUUGCAGUGUAUAUCUGGCCAAUUGUUGAUUUAAUAUCAUUUUCUGAAAAUUUGUAGUUACCGUUAGUGCAAUAUGCAUCGGGCUGUGUCGACCAUCUUUACGCAAGAUGAGAUGGAUGAUAGGUGAAUUUUAGCCCGAUUAGGGAUAGUCAAUUUGUUCGGAUUCUUAUUGUUGGCCACUCAGUUUUUUCGGUUUUUGCCCGUUUCAACUGACAUGGCUCUUUGACUAGCACCAAAGUAGAACUAUUAAUUAUUAAUAUUAUUGUAUUAUUUUUUUGUAAUGCGUCUUUACAAAAUAUUUAAAUUGUUUUUAUAAUUAUUUUAUACACUUUUAUAUGUUUGUUAGUCAAUUUGAGGUAAGAUUUUUAAACAACUUCAAAACGAAGUUCCUCA